UUGGGACCAACGGAAUAUAUUAAUUUAUAGAGAUUAUUAAUUUAUCGAGUAUUAAUUUAUAGAUAUUAUUAAUUUAUCGACGAAAUGUAUUUUCAAAAACUACAUUUCAUAUAUUUUCUCAUCACUGAAAUUAUCUCAUUCAUACACGUAUGUGUUUUUUAAAAGAGAAAUAUGCCAAAUGUAUACCAUAAAUUCCUUUAACUAUUAAUUUAAAUAUAACCUGUUAUAGACUUAUAGUAUGUAUGAUGUUACAUUUUUUAAAAAUCUUUUAAACAUGAUAAUACUGAUAUAUUUGGGAAUAUUCUUAUGAUGCUUAGGUUCAACCGAUUGACCAACUUUCCAAACUCACCUUCUAUCAACCGUUUUUUUACCAUGGAAUUGGUUAGACGGCCGAGUUUUAGAACAUGACUUUAAUGUAUAAUUAGUGUGUAUUUUCUUGAACCAGCAUUUUAGUUUAUAAUAUUUUGUAUAUUUUGAACCAGCAUUUUAUUUUAUUGUAUAUUUAGUAUGUUGGUGUCUAUCUUCAGAGAGUAUAAAUUAUCAAAGUCAACCUUCCGCUCAUAAAUUUCUCCCAGUGUCAAAUUAAAGUAUACAACUCAAAUAUUGUGAAACAUUAUGAUCAUAUUUUUUAAAAUAUAUGUUGGCUAUAGUUGAAUUUAUCAAAUGAAACAUGUUUACUCUAACAAGUAAAAUGAAAACCAAGCUGUGAUGAUCUUGAGAGUUGACCUUCGAAUAUUUCACAGCUAUAUAAAGGACAUAGCAAAACUCUAAUUCCUCCUCAAGCAAAUCAACAAUUUCUCCAAACUAAUAAUAUCAUCCUUCGUCUAAGGUAAAAAACUAAACUAUAAACACAUAACGAGCUUAUAAUUUAUUUAUUAUUUGCGAGAAAUUUCUUUUUUUGAUAAAUAAUGUUUAUUAAUGGUAAAAAAUGCAGGCAGCUAAUUAAAUUCAAAUUUUCAACAAUGGCCAAGACUAAUCCGCCGGACGGAGGAGGGUCCGAUGCAAAUGAAAAUACAUCCGUUCGUCACAGAGUGGCACGUCCUCCGAAGGAGGGUUUGCUAAAGGAGUUCAAGUCGGUGGUUCAAGAAACGUUCUUCCACGAUGCGCCUCUGAGGGAUUUUAAGGACCAAACAGCAUCUAAGAAGGUGUUGCUCGGGAUCCAAGCUGUCUUCCCAAUCAUUGGAUGGGCUAGAGAGUACAAUCUUCGAAAACUUAGAGGAGAUGUCAUUUCUGGUCUCACCAUUGCUAGUCUUUGUAUCCCUCAGGAUAUUGGAUAUGCAAAGCUCGCGAAUUUGGAUCCAAAAUAUGGACUUUAUUCAAGCUUCGUGCCACCACUGGUGUAUGCGGGCAUGGGGAGUUCUAGAGAUAUUGCGAUCGGACCAGUGGCGGUGGUGUCUCUUCUACUUGGCACUCUUUGCCAGGCCGUGGUCGACCCGAAUGAGCAUCCCGAGGAAUAUCUCCGCCUUGCCUUCACCGCCACUUUCUUUGCUGGCGUUUUCGAAGCUGCCCUUGGUUUUCUCCGGUUGGGAUUCCUGAUAGACUUUCUGUCACAUGCGGCUGUGGUUGGGUUCAUGGGAGGAGCAGCCAUUACAAUUGCUCUCCAACAACUUAAGGGCUUUCUUGGCAUCAAGAAGUUCACCAAGAAAACUGAUAUUGUUUCCGUCAUGCACUCGGUAUUCGGGGCUGCUCGUCACGGGUGGAAUUGGCAGACUAUUGUCAUUGGUGCCAGUUUCUUGACAUUCCUUCUUGUCGCAAAAUACAUUGGGAAGAAGAACAAAAAACUCUUUUGGGUUCCGGCAGUUGCUCCUCUUAUUUCCGUCGUUGUCUCCACUUUCUUUGUCUUUAUAACUCGUGCGGACAAACAAGGAGUCCAAAUUGUGAGGCAUAUAGAUCAAGGAAUCAAUCCGAUUUCAGUUGGUAAGCUUUACUUUUCCGGAAAAUAUUUUACCGAAGGAAUUCGAAUUGGGGGCGUUGCUGGUAUGGUAGCCCUAACGGAAGCUGUAGCCAUUGCAAGAACGUUUGCCGCAAUGAAAGACUAUCAAAUCGAUGGAAACAAAGAGAUGAUCGCAUUGGGUACUAUGAACGUUGUUGGUUCACUCACUUCUUGUUACAUUGCCACAGGUUCAUUCUCGCGAUCUGCCGUAAACUACAUGGCGGGAUGCCACACAGCUGUUUCAAACAUUGUGAUGGCCAUAGUGGUAGCUCUAACAUUAGUGUUCAUCACACCGCUCUUCAAGUACACGCCAAACGCCAUCCUCGCAGCAAUCAUUAUAUCAGCCGUCCUUGGUCUUAUUGAUUUUGACGCAGCAGUCCUCAUAUGGAAGAUCGAUAAACUCGACUUCGCGGCUUGCAUGGGAGCUUUCUUCGGAGUUGUUUUCGUUUCAGUCGAAAUCGGUCUCUUGAUUUCCGUGGUGAUAUCGUUUGCGAAGAUUCUGCUGCAAGUGACGAGACCAAGAACAGCGGUUCUAGGGAAGCUUCCAAGGACGAAUGUGUAUCGGAACACUCUACAGUAUCCAGAUGCUGCCAAAAUUCCCGGAAUCUUGAUCAUUCGCGUUGAUUCUGCCAUCUACUUUUCCAACUCCAACUAUGUCCGAGAAAGGAUUCUAAGAUGGUUGCGAGAAGAAGAAGAAAAAGCUAAAGCAGCAGACAUGCCGGCAAUCAAGUUUCUAAUUAUUGAGAUGUCACCGGUUACAGAUAUUGAUACCAGUGGUAUCCACUCCAUUGAAGAGCUUCACAAGAGUCUUGAAAAGAGACAAAUCCAGUUGAUUCUUGCAAAUCCCGGACCAGUGGUGACUGAGAAGCUUCAUGCUUCUAAGUUUGCUGAUGAGAUUGGGGAGGAGAACAUCUUCCUUAGCGUUGGCGACGCGGUCGCAAUUUGUUCUCCUAAAUUGGCUGAGCAACAAGCAUAAUAAGGAGCUGAACUAAACCUUCACCAACCAUUGUUUUGAUUUGUGUGUGUGUGUGUGUGUUUUUUUUGAGAGAUAUAUGAUAAUUUGUGCAACAUAUGGUUCUUAAGUUUGACUCCUUCCACUGUUAUUUUCUCUCGUGUUUGUGUUUGAUAUGAGAUGAUAAAUAAAUUGUACUUCCAACUUAUGUCGACGAUUAUGUGUUUAAUCUAUUUUAUGUUGUUUUAUACUCGCCGAUAGUGUUUUGUUAUUUAACUAAUGAGUAUCUAUGAAAAGUUCAACUUCCCGAUAAUGAAAUAAUCUAUGAGUCUAUGAGUCUUUUCACUUUGAAUACCAAUAAUGUAUGUGUUGUAUUUGGAAUCCUUGGGUCCGGAUACUCCAAAGCAUGUUGUCUUAAAGAGAGACUGAACACUAACCAAUUAAUAUUAUUAUUUGUAGUUAUAGCAGAAAAGCUACCUAUAUUAUAAGUAGUUUUUAUAUUUAUAUGUUAUAUUUUGUUAUACUGGAUUAGAUAUAAGAAACCAAGAGACGGUCAGCAGAAGUCUCAAUCGUAAAGAAAACCCAAACAACCUAACUUAUCAGAUAUUAUAAGCAUCAAUCUCGUCCUAGUUCAUCAUCGUUUCAAUUAACUAAUUGGCACUUGUUUAAUAUGAUGAAAUUUAUGUGAAAAACUGACAGCUAGGCACUGUUCACAAAGCCGCUUAAGAGGGCAAAUACAUCGCAGACUGUUUCACCUAAAUAAUACUACAGAACACAAAAAGAAACAAUAAUAUCUGGAUAGAAAGAAAACCUAGUCCAUGUCCAAUAAAAGAACCAAAAUCUACAUAAUAUUUGGGUGGACUUUCUCCACCUUCACCAAAAGGCAGAAAUUAGGUGGUUUGAUGGUCAGGCCAAUUCUAUAAUAAAACAGUAUUUAUAUGAACGUGCAAGUUAAUAAAGAUAACAUUGUGAAUUCGACAAUAAGAUUCUACAACAACCUUAUUUUUAAAAACUUUUGUAUACCUACCUAAUAUUGGUUCAGUUUAUGCAUAUUCCACAAAAUAUAAAUACUGUUUUAUGAUCCAAUAUUUAGGUAUUGAUCCAAUACUUUUGUAUUCAACAUUUUUCGUUUAUGGCAUUUAAAAUAUAAAUAUUUUUGAUGCUAUGAUCAAUGAUAUUCAUCGAGAAAGACAAAUAUUUAGGUCUUGGUCCAAUACCAAUACUUUAGGUAUUGAUCCAAUACUUUUGUAUGAAGAAUAAGCCAGCGAGCACACACAGCCCCCGGAGACAACAGCUAAAGGAGAAAAUAAACUUCCCUAGGGAAACUAACUUGCCUCGUUGUGUCUCCUUGUCUGAAGAGAUC